AUGGAGAAAUCAAUUGCAACAUUAGAUAAAGGCACGAUUUGUUCUUCAUGGAACUACUGUGCUCAAAGAUUAGCUACCGGUUUAAUCGAUGGAACAAUAGCAAUCUUCGACACCAAUGAUCCCGCUUCUUCAUUCUUCACAUCCACUUUCAAAUUCAAGGUUAAUAAUGGAAGCAUUACAAAAGUUGUGUGGGUUCCUCCAGAGUAUGGUGAUGCAAUCGCAUGCAUAUGUUCCGAUGGAAGUUUGUCAAUUUGGGAAGAAAUAUCAGAAGACAGUGAGCCUGUUCAGUGGAAGCAAUGCACAAGCUUUGGCGGACCUUUGGAUCAAGUUCUAGAUGGUCAAUUUGGAAACUCCGUCUCAAGUUUGAAAUUGACAAUUGCUUAUUCAAACGGCCUUGUGAAAGUGUAUGAAAUCUUAAAUUCAAUGGAACUGAAGAACUGGCAACUUCAGGUGUUGAAACUGUACAACAGGCACAUGAUGUUCCAUUUGGAUCUUAUUUUGAGAUGGUCUAUCGAGACUAGCGGUGAAUCAUCAUGCAGUAUUGAUAUUAAAGUGCGAUCAAGUCCGGUCGCCGUAGACCAAUAUUUGAAGACGAAUCUGAGAGUUGUGGUGGUUUUCCGGUGGAGAACGAAUCUGAGAAUGAAGAAGCAGAGAGAGAAAUAG